AUGGUUGCGCUAUCAUCCUUCAUUCUGGCAGCAUUGCCCACUGCUCUCGCAGUGUCCUCUGCGGCCCAAGAUCUUAUGGGCAGGGAGGCAAAUGCCGCCCAGUCGGAGUCUCAUUGGGCAAACCAAGCGGCAGCUCAAGGUCGCCAUUUCUGCUACGUUAAACCAGAUACCGAUGGCGGCGAUGAUGCCCCGGCCAUUAUGGAUGCUCUCAACAACAGAUGCAACUCAAAGAGCCUCGUCAUCCUCCCUGGCCCUGUGUACAACAUUCAGACCAAUAUGACAACCUUGGACCUUGAAGACGUCGUCAUCCAUCAAUUUGGGCGCCUGCUCUGGAGCACCGACAUUGACUACUGGCUCUCAGUAUCGAUGCCGGUUGGCUUCCAGAAUCAGAGUACAGUCUGGUACUUUGGAGGCAACAAUGUGAUCUGGGAUGGCUGGGGUGUUGGUACCCUUGACGGCAACGGCCAAGUUUGGUACGACUGGGCCAAGAGCCAAGGGAAUUUGGCUCACCGGCCGAUGAACAUCAACCUCCGCACCCUUACCAAUUCUGUCAUUCGAAGGCUGCGCUUUGUUCAGAGCCAGAUGUGGACAAUGGCCAUCACUUACUCCCAGCAUGUUGAUCUAGAUGACAUCUACGUCAAUAGUACAUCAACAAGCCAGUGGAGCACCCUGAAUACGGAUGGCUGCGACACCAUCUUUUCAGACAGCAUCACGUUUAGAAGAUGGACCGUCUCCAAUGGCGACGAUGGCAUUGCCCUCAAGAUGAACUCGAGCAACAUUGCUGUGUACGACAGCUACUUCGAGAACGGACAGGGCAUAGCCAUCGGCUCGAUGGGGCAGUAUAAUGGCCAAUAUGAGUAUCUGGAAAAUUUCUAUGCGAAAAACAUCACUCUCAAGAACACUGCCCACGUAUCCUAUCUUAAGACAUGGGCUGGCAUCUCCAGAGGUUACCCCCCCAACGGUGGAGGCGGUGGUUACGGCGUCGCCCGAAACAUUACCAUCGAGGAUGUCAAUCUGAUUGGUGGACGACAGCAGCCAUUCUUCGCCUGGCAAUGCGAGAAUUACUCUGGGUUCGCCGGUCAAGACUGCGACUCCUCCUUGUUCAAGAUGGAAAACGUCGCGUGGAGGCGGGUCAGCGGAACAGUGCAAUCUGGAGUGACGGAGGCGGCAUAUUUCCAAUGCAGCGCCGCGGCUGGAGGAUGCGACGACUUCGAGGUGACAGACUUUGAUGUUACCAAGGAGGGCACUGACGAGCUGCUGGAUAUAUGGGACUGCUUCAACGUUAACGGGCCGGUUGGCUUUACAUGCACUGAGUCACAAGCCCAGAAGAUGAGCUCUGACGUGACCGGCGGCCACGGUCCAAGCAACAAGUAG